AUGGCCUCCAACACCCAGCAGCCAGACCUCCAAUGGUUCACCUCAGCACGGCUGGGAAUGUUCAUCCACUGGGGCCUCUACUCUCUCCCAGCCCGUCACGAGUGGGUCAUGAGCAAGGAGAAGAUUCCCGCCGACGAGUAUGAAAGGUACAUGCAAUACUUCAACCCGGAUCUAUACGACCCCGUACAAUGGGCCAAGGACGCUAAAGCCGCCGGCAUUAAGUAUGUGGUCCUGACCACCAAGCAUCAUGAAGGGUUCGCCCUCUGGGAUACCCAAGUCAGCGACUAUAACAUCAUAAACUCGCCAUUCGGCAAGGAUGCCUUGCGCAUGUUUGUCGACGCUAUGCGAGCCGAAGGCCUGCAUGUGGGCUUCUACCACUCCCUUAUUGACUGGCAUCAUCCGGACUUUACCAUUGACGGAUUUCACCCUGACCGAGAUCGCCCGGAUAGGGAGGAGCGCAAUAAGGGCCGGGACAUGGCCAAGUACCGUGAAUUCCUGCACGCGCAAGUCAGGGAGCUGCUCACCAACUACGGCAAGAUUCACUACUUAUUCUUUGACUUUUCCUACCGCGAAGACUGGCCGGACAAGCCAGAGAAGGGCGGCAAGGGCCGCGACGACUGGGCAUCAGAGAAACUGCUAGACAUGGUCCGCACGCUGCAGCCAGGAAUCGUUGUCAACGACCGUCUGGAUAUCCCCGGCGAUAUCGUCACGCCCGAGGGAUACCAACCCACUAAGCCCAUGGAGAGGGACGGCAGGGAGGUCGUCUGGGAGGCAUGCCAGACCCUCAACGGCAGCUGGGGCUACGACCGCGACAACCACGACUACAAGUCCGUGCCGUUGCUGGUCCGCAUGCUUGUCGACACCGUCUCCAACAAUGGAAACAUACUGCUGAACGUCGGCCCUACAGCUCGUGGCAACUUCGACGCCAAUGCGUCAAAGGCCCUAUCUGACCUUGCGGACUGGAUGAGCGUGCACUCGCGGUCCAUCUACGGCUGCGGUCACUCGUCCCUCACGCCGCCCAAGGACGUGCGGUACACGCAGAGCGGCAAGAGGCUGUUUGUGCACGUAUUUGCCUGGCCGUUUGAGUUUAUGCACUUGCCGGGCCUGGCUGGCAAAGUGGCAUACGCGCAACUGCUCCACGACGCGAGCGAGAUCAAGAUAAUUCAGCUGGAUGCCGAGGCACCCGUAACCUCCAUACACAUGCGCGCAGACUCCAAGGACACGCUGACGUUGAAGCUUCCCAUCAGAGAGCCAGGGGUGGCCGUGCCGGUGAUAGAGCUGUUCCUCAAGUAG